CACUCUACGGCUACCGUACUUCCUGUUGCUAGGGGUGCGGCUUCUGUGGAGUUUCUGAGUCCGCUGAAACGAAACAAUAGAAUAAAGUCUCGAUUUCCUGAUUUUUUAUGUUAAUAUGAAAUUAAAACCGAGAGCGUUGGGGGGACUUGAGCGGUUAUAAAUCGUUCCGUGGGCGGGCUGAGAGCGGCGGGGAUGCGGCUUUGCAAUGGGAAACAUUUUCGGCAGAAAGAGACGCACUCGAGUGACGGAGCAGGACAGAGCAGUGUUGCAACUGAAGCAACAGAGAGAUAAACUGAAACAGUACCAGAAGAAGAUCUCUCUGCACCUAGAGAAAGAGAGGCUGCUGGCAAAGCAACUGCUGAGAGAUGGAAAGAAAGAGAAGGCUUUGCUUUUGCUUAAGAAAAAGCGAUACCAGGAUCAGCUCCUGGACAAGACGGAAAACCAGAUAAGCAAUCUGGAACACAUGGUUCAAGAUAUUGAAUUUGCCCAGAUAGAAAUGAAAGUUAUCGAAGGAUUGAAGGUUGGCAAUGAGUGUCUGAAGAAGAUGCACGAGGUGAUGUCUAUAGAAGAGGUGGAACGCAUUAUGGAUGAGACUCAAGAUGGUAUCGAGUAUCAAAGGCAAAUUGAUGACAUGUUGGCAGGUUCUCUAACCCAAGAAGAUGAAGAUGCAGUUCUGGCAGAACUGGAGGCUAUUUCUCAGGGUGAAGAAGUGGAGCUUCCAGAUGUGCCCUCAGAACGCCUGCCCGAGGUGCCAGAAAAAGAGCCAGAAAAGGAAAGGGUCAAAAACAAACCCAAACCAGAGCUGGUGGCAGCUUCAUAACAAGUAUCCACCCGGCAUCCUCGCCCUGUUCCAUAUCAAUUCCCAGGAUGUUGCUACAGCCCCACUCUUUUCUUUUCUUCGUGACUGUCCCAGGAGGCGCUCAUCUUAUCUGGGAAUAGCCAGGCUUGCACCUACUGGACUGACCUGGACUACUGGACUACACAAACCUCAAAUGUUUCUCUAUAAUAAUUGUGUUGCAGAACUGAGAAACAGGUUUCAAAACUUGCUACCAUUCUGGAGCUUGUCUAGAAGUGAUAGUCUGCACAGUUGCCUACCGUUGAAUUGGAUCAGUGAUUUUUAAUUGAGAGGAUUACUGACUAAUGAUCUUUUUUAAUGACACAGUUUAAUUUCAAACUGAGCAAAAACUGAUGACAAGUCUAAGGAAUUUAUACAUGGUGUUUCCAUGAUGUGGAGGUUAUCCGAGUUCUUUAUUUUAAAGCAGAUAUUCAGAACCAGUUUAUUUGCCCUCUUAGAUGGUCAAAUAUCUUUUUCCUGUUCUUUUCCGGGACAAGAAGAAGCCUGCUAUCAAAGCCUAGAAUAUAUGAAUAUGUGUAGCUUUUGUGUAAUCCGUUUCAGUCCAGUAGUGGGUUGUACGACUUACCCAAAGUGUGGCCUGGAUCCACAAAACCCCGGUGUGCAAAACAGUGGAUUUGUUUUUCAGUGUUGGCUACCAGUUGAUAAUUUCUUAAUCAUGUAAAAAAAAUGUGUAUGUCCUGAACACUAUGUUAGUAUUUAAACUGGUUUUAGCGAUUACAAUGUCUUCCCUUCAAUCUCCUGAAACAGAGACUGCAUUACAACCACUGCCAGUCUGUGUAGUCCCUAACCCUUUCACCACUAGAUUACUUUGAACUGCAAAGGCAAAUUAUCACAUCCUUUUAAACAAUGGAAUCAGUACUGGUGCUUCCACCAUACCUCAGGCAAAACUGCAGCUGUAUAGCAAAAUGUAGAUUUGUCAUGCUGGAUUGUAUUGUUGAAGCCACUCGGUUUGCCUUGGCUUAAUGAUCUUUUCGGACAACAUUGCUAUAAAAUGUCACUGUUAACUAGCAGCACUCUCGCAAACAUUCAUUAAGGUUUUAAAACCAAAGUAUAUGCUUAAAAAAAUCCUGGGUUUCAUGCCAAGGUAUUUGCUUUAACAGCUUUGUUUGAGCUAUAUGGAACAGGUGUGCAGUUUUUUUUCUGUCCCUGUUUUGAGAUCCUCUAAGGAGGAUUUCUACAGUUGCCCAGAAAUUAGCAGCAGAGCUCAGAAGAGGUAUAAGGGUUUGUUAGCACCAUGGGGCUUUUCGUUGUCCUCAAAACAGGGUAGUUUCCUGGCUGGUAGAAUCUUGAUACAUGUUCUACAUUAUGUGCCGUUUUUCUGGCAGUUCAUCCAGCAGUGUGCAGAAUUAUCAUAAAUACCCAUUGUUCUAUGAAGCACAGAGGUGUGUCUGCAAGGCGUAUCCUCUCUAUAAAAAAUACAAUGAAAGGGCUCUCCUGAGUUUUAUUUCCUAAGGGGGGAGGGGUAGUAUACUGUAGCUGAUUCAAGAUUUAGCCACCUUUUAAAUCUGUUGCUCAAACCUACAUCAUUCUGGAAAUCUCUGAAAAUAAAGUCAUUUCUGAAACACACUAAAUAUUCCAUUGAUGGUUGCUAAUUUGGAAUAUACAGUACAUUGUUGCCCUUAGCAGUGUGACAUUCUUGCUUCGACCUGUUUCUUUCAAGUUUGUAGUUCAGUUUUUUUUUCUGGAGUUAGGUGAGUUCACCGGUGUCAUCACACAGGGUUUCCAGAAAUACAGAAAAAAGAAGUGUAGUUGGCAAGACUAGAAGUAGAAGGUUCCUAAUUCCUUAAGUACUCCAUUUUCGAAUGCCUUUCACUUUCCAUUCUGUAUUGAACAGAGGAUGAGAUCUGCUUUUAACAGGGUAUCUUCAUAGAGAAGUGGGAUUGAACAGUAGUUGUAAAGUCCAAACUCAUCCAGUUUUAUAGAGCACUUUUAACUGGCAGUCCCAUGCAAUUUCUACUUUGACACAUGUUCUUUAACUUGUUAGGGGCAAUUUGUUCAAUUCUGUCCCUCGAUCUAUUGAAUCUCCCUUGCUUCUAUAAAAAAUUCUGAGAUCACCAGUGUUGCAAGUUCCUAAUACUUCUGUACAGAAUCACGUAACACUAUACUCCUGUUGACAACGGUACCUCACAAAAAUGUCAAACAAAGUGAGAUAAAACACUGGAUGGUUAGUUUUGUGUUGUUGUUGUCAGUAUGCUUCAACAAUAAAAAAGUAUUUUUAAUUGUUUCAGAUAACUCCUGGUCUUUAACUUGAAUGGCAUUGGUUUUUACAUCAGUAGCUCGGUGUAAUGAAUAUCAUUAGCCACAAGGGAGCAUCAUGUAACAAUUUCUAUGAUCUAUCUGCUGUACCAGGAAAGAGCUCAUGUAUUUUUUAUAAUCACUGUUUUACCCUUACAUGGUCUUACGUAUAUACAGGAAAUAAUGCAAAAUAAGCAUUUUAUUAAUCACAGCUUUUUUGUCUCGGCAACCAUUUCUAUAGUAAGAACUAAAUUAACAAUGGAGGUUAUGUGAAGAAAAUUCUCUAAUUGGGUGUUUGAAAAGACUUUUAUACUUUUAAUCAUCUUGUUUUGGAGUCAUUCUCUAUAUUAUUGCUAGAUCCUCAGAGCAGUGCUGCCAAACAUACCAAAAAGGAUUUUCCUUUAUUUUUUCAGGGUAUAGUUUUUCAGUAAGAUCAAGCAAAGUCUGGGACUUGGCUCAAUGUGACAGGAUUGAGUUAGACAGAUUGCAGUGGAGGCAUGAUGUAGAAAUGCUCAGUUUUCUUUUGGUAUUGUUCUGUUUAACUUGCAAUUUGUCACUGGAAUUAGUUUUAAGAGCUAUGAUUUUUUUCUUCAGCAGUCCCCACAAAAGGAUGCUGGUCACUAUUUUGCAUUUCCUUCUUAGACUGUCAAUAUUAAACUGAACUAAGGGUGGAUGAAUAGUUAAGCUGUGGGUUUUUAAGCCACAAACCCAAAUUCAAUUCAAUGUGAAUGACUUUGAGGCCAGACUUGCAUAUAGACUACAGAAUUUUAGAUCUCCAUUUAUUUCAGCUUGUGUAUUAAGCAGGGACAUGAGAGUCCAUUUCAAUUAAUGUGACAGCUGCAUUUAAAACGCACUUCCUGUGCCAUAGUGGUAGUGUUUAGGCUGGCAGAGUUGCCAAGACAUAACAGUGACAGCACGACUGCAGCUCAUGAAUCACAAUACAAGAUUUUAACCUUAUAUGAAAAAAAAUGAAAUCUGUAGGCAGGAAUGGAGCAUUUCCUGAAAGCUCUUUUGUAAAGUGAGCUAUAAAGAGGAUUGCUAAUGAUAUCCUGGGGGCGCAAACCAAUCCGCCCACUCCCACCCAGGACCCCCCCUCACCAAGCCUGCCUGUUCUUCAGAACCUCCCUCCACCCCCUCACUAGUCGUGGUACUUCCAGUGCAGUGUAGAGAGCGAUACAGCUAUAUUCCACCUACAACCCUCCAACUAACGCAGCUCAGGGCUCAGGAACUAGCAGUACCUCAUCAGAGCUGUUUUUUUUUUGAAUGAAGUCAGUAAGAAGUAUAAUAAAGCACAAGUUCAUUUUCCCUGAGUAUUUUAACCUCCUCUUAAUCUGAGAUAGUUUCAUAUACCCUUUAAUUUUAAGAGUCAACACCAGUAUGUCUUUGAGCUUCCCUUGCCUUGUUUAUAGUUUCUAAUUCUUAGUGAACCGUGAUGGGGGUUCUGCUGCGUGUUAGUUGUUCUGAUCUGCAGUCACUGACGUAAUGGCAUUCCUACUGCAGGAAACUGGCUGCUACACACACAUUUUGACUUCGUCACUCCUGAGAGAUCUGAUACAGCUUCAUCAGACUUAUUGUAUUAACCACUCCUGUCUUCCACCAGUUAAUAAGCAUUGACUUAAUAAGAUAGCAGGUGGAGUAAUAUUUUUGUAGGAUGAGCAGAUCUCAUCUAGUUCUGAAGAUAAUAAGAAUUCUAGAACUGUACUGGUCUGAACUGUGUGGAAACAGCACAAUGAUAAAAUGCAUGAGAAGCUGCUGGCUGUUUAAUAAACAGAAUUUUGCAAGUG